AUCUUUCUCCGGCGAACUCGUAAGCUUCUUCUUCUCCAACCUCAGCUCCUAAACCCCUGAAACUAGGGUUAGGGUUUUUCCUGCUCUUUCUCACUCUUUCCUUUUUGUUCCUCUCCAGCUGGAAUUCUUCAAAUUCUUUGAUUUUCUGAUUCGUGUUUAUUAUUUCGAUUCGUUUGUUUUUGGAUCUGGAUCUGUGAGAUAUAGAGAUAGAGAUAUAGGAAAAGAAAAACAAAAAAUUCAUGGAUGCUCGCAAGAGAGGUAGGCAUGAAGCUGGCUUCAACGCUAAUGGCGGUGUCAAGAAGUCCAAGCAAGAAAUGGAGUCAACUGGUGUAGGAAGCAAAUCGAAGCCAUGCACCAAGUUUUUCAGUACUGCUGGAUGUCCAUUUGGUGAGGGCUGUCACUUCCUGCACCAUGUUCCUGGUGGUUAUAAUGCUGUGGCUCAGAUGAUGAACCUAGCACCAGCUGCCCCAUCAGCAUCUAGAAACAUGGGAGCACCACCUCCCACAUCUAAUGGAUCUACUCCUGGUGUCAAAACCCGCAUUUGCAAUAAGUUUAAUACUCCUGAAGGGUGUAAAUUUGGUGACAAAUGCCAUUUUGCACAUGGUGAGUGGGAACUUGGCAAGUCUAUUACUCCUUCUCGUGAUGAUCCCCGUGCCAUGGGACAUGUUCCAGGUAGUUUGGGUGGUCGAAUGGAGCCACCCCCAGCAGGCCCUGCUGCUAGCUUUGGUGUUUCAGCCACUGCCAAAAUUAGUGUAGAUGCUUCCCUUGCUGGAGCCAUAAUUGGCAAAGGUGGUGUGAACUCCAAGCAGAUCUGUCGCCAAACUGGAGCAAAGCUUUCAAUCCGAGAUCAUGAGUCAGAUCCUAACCUCAGGAACAUUGAGCUUGAAGGAUCAUUUGAUCAGAUUAAUAAAGCCAGUGCAAUGGUAAGAGAGCUAAUUACUAGCCUUGGUUCAAUGGGUGCUGCUGCUGCUGCAAAGACACCUGGUGUGCCAGGAGGCCCACGGCAUCCAGGAAGCAACUACAAGACUAAGUUGUGUGAAAAUUUUGGCAAGGGGAACUGCACUUUUGGGGAUAGAUGUCACUUUGCACAUGGUGCUUCUGAACUGCGAAAGACAGGUCUCUGAGGGUCUCUAGUUCCUCUCAGUUUGUAGCUGGUGCUAAGGUGUGCAGUCUUGUACCUUUGAGCCUUGUUUUUUAAUUUCGGCUGUGCAUUGCUAUUAAAUAGAUUUGUUAGUAUCUGCGAUUUCCUCCCUAGUUGAGUUUGGUUUCUCUCUAUCUUCGCUUUAGUUUCUGGUUUAUCUUGUAUUCUGUAGGUUUAGAUAAUGUUCUUAUUAACUGAAAAUUGGUUAUCUUCAAGUUUCUUCGUUUCCCUGGUAAAACUAAGAUCAUUUUCACAUCAAUGGUUUAAGAAUUGUAGUUUUGGAUUCAAAACCUCAAUGAGCUAUAGAUUUAAGGAGAAGGUGAUUGGUAUUGGUUGAUUGAAUGACUGGAUUUACAAUAUUCUUGAAUUACCGUAUUCUCCUUCUCUAUAGGAAUAAUGCUGUAGAGGCCCUAUUUGGUUGGGUUUGGUUGAGGAGAGCCGUGUGUUGAAAGUUGUUGGUUUGGUCCCACGUUCUUUAAGGAUCCCAGGUUCUUUCAGGAUCCUGUGAUUCUUCUUCCUCUCAAAAAAAAGAAAGAAAGAAAGAAAGAAAGAAAGAAAGAAAAAACAAACAAACAAACAAAAGAAGAAAAAAAUUCGGGAAAA